UUUCUUUUCUUUUAUUUAUUAGUUCUUUUGUAAUGACAACCGAAUCACUCAUCAAUGACACACUAGUACAACUAAGUCAAGAAGAUACAAUAGUUUUAAGAGAUGGGUUUAUGCACAUGUUGAGCACACUUUAUACAGCAGCUAGUCUAUCCGUCUUCUUUUUUAAACACUUGUUUGGAUUCUUAUAUACUUGUGUGUGCUAUACAUGCUUGCCUUUUUUAUGGCUAUUGAGAGCAUGUUGGACUCAUUUUGUGAUAAAACCAUUGGAUAUGUGCUUAUAUGUAUUUCAUGUACUUUAUCCCGUCAUUAUGUUUUGUUUAGCAGCAAUGGGAUGCGGUCUAUUUAUUGGUGGAUGUGCUGGAUUUGCUGCUGAAGCAUGUUCGUCUUUAUUAAUAUCAGCUACAUGGGGACCACAGCCUAAGCAAAUCAAGCAAGCUGAACCUAAUGUGGAACAAGAACCUAUACCGAGACGUGCACUGGAUCAUCGACCGAGUAGCAGUAGUAGCACCACCAGUCUUUGGGACAGUAGACCAUUUUCCAGUAAAGGCAAAGAACCGCUUCGAUCCCCUCGUGUGGAAGAUUGGCGUGACUCACUCAGUCAGCAGAGUUAUUCUUCUCCUCGCUCAAGAUCAAGCAGUCCACCUGUACUGAUUCGACGCAUGAAACUAUCUUCAACAAAUAAAUCUAGUAGUUGGGAUUGGGAAGACGAUGAAGAUGAUCUAUUUACGAGCCAUAGAAAAAAGAAUGUGUAACAUAAUAAACCACUCUUUUUUUUUUUUA